AUGAACCAUUCCUUCUUCCGACCGAUCGACUGGGUCGCACUCGAGCAGAAACAAGUCGCUCCACCCUAUCGUCCUUCAUACACCGAUGACUACGAUCUCACACACUUCGACCCGACGUUUACCGACGAACCGGUGGUUUUCACUCCAGACAAUCCGGAAAAAAUCGCCAAAAUCGAUCAAACCGAGUUCGAAGGCUUCGAAUAUGUCAACCCGCUGCUGAUGUCUUUGGAAGAACCUGUGUAA